AUGGAUCGAGGAGACGUGGAGGGACCCCCACAAUUCGUUCAGCAUCCUGUGCCUCAGGCAACGGUGAACGAGGGCGAUAGCAUAACGCUCAAGGCCAUCGUCAGACCCGCAGGAGAUCCCACCCUUGAGGUUCAGUGGCUGAAAAAUGGCGUUGUUCUUUCCGCCUGUGAGUUACCUCUCAUGCAAUUUUAUGAAAGCACUACUCGAGGUUUCUCCUCCAGUCAGCCUCACAGUAAGAAGGACGAGGAGUGGUUGAGGUUUGGAGGCAUGCAAAGCCAUUUGCAACAGCACGCAGCGGCUGUUCAGAGAUAA